CUUGUUCAGUGCCUUUAAAAAAUUUAUCGUGCAACCGAUUUACCUGUUAUUUGGCAAUUUUCUUAUAAAAAAAAACCGUUAUAAAAAUGGAUUCAGAAAAUCCUGACAAUCGCAAAAGAAGAUCAUCUGUAUCGGAUGGUGAUAAGAAAAGAAAAAAAAUGGAUUUACAACGUAUCUCAGCAUCACAACCAACGCAACAACCAAAUAAACUUAUUGACCAACUUUUUGAAACUUGGAAAAAUAAUGAAGCUACAAAUUCAUCUGUACCUUCAACACCGAAUGCAAAAACAGAUAUUGUCAAAAAAUAUGAGUCCCUGCAAUCUGCUCUAACAUUGGAAAAAUCAUCAAUUGAUUUUAAAUUUUCUGCAUUAAAUAUUGAAAAGGCAAAAUUUGAAGCACAACAGGGAACAACUAUUGCAGAUCUAAAAUUCUGUAUGGAUGUUUACAAUAAUGUUCAAGAAGAUAUUAAUAGCGUGUACGAAGAUAUUCAAAGUAUGGUUGUUGUUCAAAAAAUGAUUGAUCAAAAACUAAAUGAAACGUGUAACAUAAGGUCACUUGUAAUUAAAAAUUUAAUUGAAGAACUUGAAAGAAAGAAAAAAAUUACAGCUACUUUAGAAAAUGAAGCUUCAAAAAGUAAAUCGAUUAUUGAAAUGGAAAAAGCUAAAUUAAACAAAUUACAAGAAAAGCUAGCAAAAUUGGAAAAAGAAAAUGAGGAGUUGCAAAUAUCAGAUCAGGAUUUAAUUGAUAUUAAACAAAAAUUAAAGGAUGUUAAAGAAUCAAACUACUUUUUAGAGAUGGAAGAAGUCAGGUUAAAUAAGAUUUUACAAGACGAGAAGUUGCAGGAUCUUCAAGAUGAUAUUAAAAACGCUCAAGAACUGGAUAAAUUGAGAUUGGAAGCCGCUGAUCGUGAAAAAGAAUUAGAAUCUUACAACUAUCUUGAUGAAUAUGCAGAAAUUCUACACGCAAAAAUGAGAGAAAUAUUAUCCGAAAAUUUGGAUUCCGAUUAUUCCUCGCAUACUGACUUGGCGGGAAAAAUUGAGGAUGCACAAAACAAAAUUAAAAAAAAUAAUUUUCUAAUUGAAGCUUAUAAUAAAGUUAUGGAUUUGACCAAUUGUGGUUUAAAUCUUGAUAAAAAAAUAAAUGAUACAAAAAUGUCAAUAGAUUCGCUUUCAUUACAAACAUCUAAAGAUAUUGAAAAUUUAGAUAAGAAAUUAAUGGAAUUAAACGAUGAAUUAAAGUCUUUACCACAUGAUGAAAUAUCUAAUGAAAUGAAAUUAUUAAAUAAAGAAUUGGAAGAAUUGAAUCUUAAGCAGGAGACUCUUAAUAAGGAAAAUAAUGAGCUUUUACAUGAAUUGGAUAAUUGUUCAAAUCACAACGAGGAAGAGAAAACAAUUGUAAACUUAAAAUUCGAAAUUGAUCAAAAAAAGAAAAUACACAGUGAACUCAUGGAUUCUUACAAGAAAAUAAAGGAGAAUAAUAAGAAACAUUUCGAUGAUUAUCCUGAUUUAUUGGAUUCAAAAGUUAUGGAAACCUUUGAAGAAUUGAAAAUUAAAUUAAAGGCAGAUGUAGAUGAAGCAGAAAAAAAAGAAAAAUCUCUGAUAAAUGUUCACCAACUUAAGCUCAGGGAACUUGAACAAAAAGCCAAGAAAUACCGGAAUCUCUAUAAAGAAGUGGAGCAGGAAUUAAGUUCCGGCGAAAAAGAUUUCACGGAUUUAAAUAAACAAAUCGAAGAUGCAGAAAACGAAUUAGAAAAAUUAAAAAAUGAGAAAACUGAAUCCGAAUUGAAAAAGAAAAAGGAUAUAAAGAAGAAAUUAGAAUUCAAAAAACAAGAGGAAUUGAAGAAAUUAAAGAAAGAAGCAGAAUUAAAAAAAGAAGCAGAAUUGAAAAAAAAGAAAGAAUUGAAGAGAGAAGAGGAAUUAAAGAAAUUGAAGAAAGAAGCAGAGUUAAAAAAAGCAGAAGAAUUGAAGAAAGAAUUACAAUUAAAAAAAGCAUUAGAAUUAAAAAAAGAAACAGAAUUAAAAAAAGAAACAGAAUUGAAAAAAGAAGCUGAGAAGAAACCAAAACCUUUAAUAAUAAAAAAUGAACAAGUUAAUAUAAAUUCAGAGACAUUGUCUUUAAUAAAAUCAUUGAAAGAAAAACUUCCAGCUUUACAGUCUCAAACUGAGAUUUCUGAUAAAAAAUCAUCGCAGAAAUCAAUUGAAAGCUCAAAAAUUUCCUCUCCCUUUCGUAAGUCUGAAGAAGAUGAUUCUGGUUCUAAAUCCAAUAAACCUGGUGAACAAUUAUUUGACGAAAUAUUUGCUCAAUUUGGAUCACAAAAGAAUCAGAAAACUUCGACACCAUUACAAGUCUCACAAGAAAAAUCAGCUUUAAAAGAAAUGAAAUCUCCAUUACAUAAAUCUGCCGAUGAUGUUCAUUCCCUUAAAUCAAGUCAAAGUUCUCAAAAAUCAUUAGAAAAAUUGUUUUCUGAUUAUAGAAAAUCUGCCGAUGAUGUUCAUUCCUUAAGAUCAAGUCAAAGUUCUCAAAAAUCAUUAGAAAAACUCUCUUCUGACAAUAAAGAACGUAAAAGAUCAUCAGAAAGAAAGUUCUUCACAAUGUCACGGCGCAGUAAAUCCCUUCCUCCAAAAAAUGCCAAAUAAUUUUCUGAUAAGAAAAAAGAUUUUUUUAAACCAGGUAUUAUAAUUUUAAUUUCCCUGUUUCUUCUCUAUUAUUAUUAUAAUUCUUAAUUUACAUAUUAUAUAAUUCGUAUAAAAUCAUUAUUGAAUAUUUGUUACUAAAUGCUUACGAAAAACGAAAAUUCGUUUACAAAUUCGUAAAAUAAAUAAUUUAAUUAUAAUUUUUACUUUUUUA